AUGCACUGGGGUGUGGGUUACAUCUGCAGCAACUUGAAAGCAGCAGCAGACUUGCAAAUUGGAGACACUCUUUGUCUUUCGCAAAACCCCACGGAGGCCCUCCCAGGCUUCGAACCCCCCAAACGCCUUGUCUACGCAGACCUGUACCCGGAAGACCCGCGGGGCUACGAGAAGCUGCAGGUGGCGCUGCAGCGGCUGCUGCUGACAGAUGCAGCAGCAGCAGCAGAACCCACAGUGUCUCAGGCUUUGGGCUGCGGCUUCCGCUGCGGCUUUUUGGGGUCUCUCCACAUGGAGGUUUUCAAACAAAGGCUGGAGGCGGAGAGCGGGCAGCAGACGCUGCUGGCAGCAGCAAGAGUUUCUUACCUUUUGCGAACUGCUGCUGGCCUCCAGCCCAUUUGCUGCGCCUCCCAGCUUCCCAACAACUGCAAAGUUCUCCUCGAACCUAUUGCGAAAGUGACUGUGGUGGUCCCCAUGGAGUUUAUGGCCGUGGUGGACCGCCUGGUCUUCUCGCGCCGCGGCCAGCGGCUCGAGUGCGACGUCCAGCAGCAGCAGCAGCAGCAGCAGCAGCAGCAGCAGCAGCAGCAGCAGCAGCAGCAGCAGCAGCAGCAGCAGCAAGAGGAGCAGCCCGCCACUGUCCACUUGGUGUACAAAGUGCCCUUGGCGGAAAUUCUUUUGGACUUCUCCGAUAAACUCCAAAGCGCCACCAGCGGCACCGCCAUUUUCGACAUAGAAGACGCAGGGUACGAGGAGGCGCGGAUCAGUCGAGUUUCUUUUUCGAUAAAUGGAGAGCCAAUCGACGUUUUGAGUCUCCUCGUCCACCACUCGAAGGCGCGAGAAGUGCUGCGCCACUAA